ACUGUAACAAGUGAUAUAAAUUAUAAAAUAAAAAAGACAAGGAAGAUGCAAUUAAAAGAACAAAAUUUUGCUGAGACUUCUGGAACAUCUUACGAAGUCUACAUGGAAAAAAGAAGAUUACCUGGUAUAUUAAGGACGAUAAGCAGGACAUCUAUCACGAACAUCACGAAAUCUCGAUUGGCCCUACGACAGGGAGAAUCCACUUCGUCGCUUUCUUCGUUCGACAGACCUUCUGUUAAAUUUGUUAACGUAAAAGGCGACAACGGAAAGGACAGUGUUAUGAGUGAACAAGAAGAAAAACAAAUAAUGAUGAACCAAUCGGAAAUACAGAAUAAAUCGCAUAUUGACGAGCAAGAGGAACAUGAAGAACGCGAAGAAUGCGAGGAACGUGACGAAGAUUAUUCAGUAUCAGCAUCAGCCAUCAUUCUACGACGUAAUUCCUCACGACGACAAAGUAGACGCAAACGACGAACGUCUUCACCCUUUGCUACCGAAGGUGAAGAGGUCAAUGCAGUUCGACGGCAAUCUUCAGCAUACACGAAUAGCUCUAUCGACACUGCUAUCUCGAUCGAAGAUGGUGGCACACAAGAACAAGUUUUUGAAAAGCUAAAGUUACACAAAGAAGUUUUGAAUGGUGUGAAAGAGGAACCAUGGCCAUUACGUAAAAAGAUGAAAUUAGUUCGACAAGCAAAAUUAUACGUUAGAAAGCAUGAAGGUGUUCUGCAAGAAAGACUCGCUCAAAACCGUAGCACGAAGGACGUCAUUGCUCGUGUUUCUCUUCUAAUCACAAAGAAAUGGCAAUAUUUCCGUCGUGAACUGAUCAAUCUUGAGACUUGGCUCAUACCUUGGGAACUUCGUAUCAAAGAAAUAGAAUCACACUUUGGUUCAGCCGUGGCAUCGUAUUUCACGUUUCUAAGAUGGCUCUUUUGGAUAAAUUUUGUGAUUACUAUUUUGCUUACGGCAUUUGUAGCAGUACCUGAGAUGUUUAUAGCCGAUGUAAAGUUCGCCGGUGAGAGAAAAAUGAUACCAAAGGAAGAAAGAAUAAAAUCUAGUCACCUAACGACAUUAUGGAAAUUCGAGGGUAUUCUUAGAUAUUCCCCAUUCUUUUAUGGCUGGUAUACUAAUCACGAUUCGAAGAAAGGCUAUAGACUACCACUUGCUUACUUCGUUACUAAUCUUGUCGUCUACACUUACAGCUUCGUUGUGAUAUUACGAAAAAUGGCUAAAAAUUCUCGGCAAAGUAAACUCACGGAAAAAGAAGAUGAAUGUACUUUCUCAUGGAAACUUUUUACCGGUUGGGACUUCAUGAUCGGUAAUCCCGAGACUGCUCAUAAUCGUGUUGCAAGUAUAGUUCUUAGUUUUAAAGAGGCUCUAUUAGAAGAAGCUGAAAAAAAAAAGGAUAAAAGAAAUUGGAAAAUUAUAUUGAUCAGAAGCUUUGUCCAUAUAUCGGUUCUAUCUUUGUUAGCACUGUCAGCUUAUAUCGUAGUUGAAGUAGUAGCACGAAGUACCGAGGAAGAAGCUGAUAAAAAUUUGUGGCGUCAAAAUGAAAUCACAUUGGUGAUGUCUCUCAUUUCUUACGUUUUUCCAAUUAUUUUUGAAGUUCUCGGUCUUCUCGAAAGUUAUCAUCCUAGAAAGCAACUUCGAAGGCAAUUGGCACGGAUAAUGGUCCUUAAUCUUUUGAAUUUGUACUCAUUAAUAUUCGCACUCUUCAAUAAAAUAAGUUACAUGAAAGAAAAAUUAAUCCAAUUGAAUCCUACGAAAAUGAAUUGUAAAUAUAUACCUGUAAAAUGCGUUGGCAAUCUAAUAAAUUCCGAAUCAACUGUAACUUUAGCAUCUCUCAGUUUAGCGUUAAUGGGUAGUGUGACUUAUGCAAAUAUCACUGAUCAGUCGAUCAAACAAAAUCAAUCUGCUUCUAUACAAUACGAAGGAUUUAUUAAAGAAUUUUUAUCGAACGAUAAUAAUUUUCGCCAUUUCAAUUACGGAGAUUACAAUUCCAACUCGGAAGAUUAUUACAACAAUGGCGAUUAUCCACCAAUUGAUAACGACCUCUUCAAUAAUACUUUCAUAGACAAUGAAAUUAAUAAUACUUGGUUGAGCACAACUAGUAAUAACGAGGAAUUUCAGACGACUAAUUCAAGUUUGUAUACUAACGAAGAUUAUCGAAAUACUGAAAGUUUUGCAGAAAAUUCGACGGAUAGUUAUUCGAGCGAAAGCACGUCUGGUACAUCGAAAGAUAAUGAUAUUUAUGAAGAGUAUAAUUCUAGCUCUAGCACGACAAAAUUCGAUAUCACAAAAGAAAGUAAUAAUUUUGUGACAGAAUACAGUGUAUUCAGUACGGAAGGAAAUGACAACGCAACGAACACAUCAAAUGUUUCGAACGAACUAAGUGGAUCUGAUAUUCCACUUACAGAAAAUAUAAAACAUAUUGUUAUGUGUUACGAGAGAAUAUGUACCAGCGAGACUCAAGAAGAGGCACCAGUACAAAGAUUAGAUUUAAAAACGCGUAAAGAGCUUCGACGUUUAUGUUGGGAGACAAUGUAUGGACAGGAACUUGCUAAAUUAACUGUUAUGGAUUUGGUAAUGACAAUUGUUUCCACGCUUGGUAUGGAUUUUUUUCGAGCUGUGUUCGUACGUUGUAUGAACAAUUGUUGGUGUUGGGAUCUUGAAAAACAAUUUCCACAAUACGGGGAUUUUAAAAUCGCCGAGAAUAUACUUCAUUUAGUGAAUAAUCAGGGUAUGGUCUGGAUGGGCAUGUUCUUCAGUCCUGGUCUGGCAGUGUUGAAUCUUCUGAAGCUUGGCAUUCUUAUGUAUUUACGUUCGUGGGCAGUUUUAACAUGCAAUGUACCUCAUGAAAUAGUUUUUCGAGCAUCCAGGUCUAAUAAUUUCUACUUCGCAUUAUUACUGAUGAUGUUAUUUUUAUGCGUACUACCAGUCGGUUAUGCCAUAGUUCGGGUCGAACCAUCCUGGCAUUGCGGUCCAUUUUCUGGCUAUUCAAGAAUCUAUAUGUUUGCGACGAAAAGUCUUAAAGAUAGUUUACCUGAAGUAAUCAAGCCAUGUCUCGAUUAUAUAUCAUCAGCUAGUAUGGUAAUACCUCUAAUCGUUCUAAUGACGUUAAUUAUUUACUACAUGGCUUCACUAACGGGAUCUCUCAGAGAAGCCAAUAACGAUUUAAAGAUACAAUUGCGUCAAGAACGUACGGAAAAACGACGUAAAUUAUUCAAGAUCGCGGAGAAAAGACAAGAAGCUAUUGAUACGUCGUUCGCUAGAUGGAAAAAAGCAGUUUUGCCGUCAAAUAAUUCAAACAAAUGUGAUUCUUAUACGGCGAUAGCGAUUGAAAAACUAAACGAUGUGGUAACGCAUGAAAGGAAAUAUUCGAUAACUUUUGAAGAAGUUGGGAUUACUGAUGUUGAGCCGGAAUCUUUACCACAUGAUUCUAAUUUACGUCGAAAAAUGCAUGAAGUUCGAGAUUUUGGCAGAACGAAUAUCUUCAGCAAUUCUUUAGUAUCACCGUCGAGCAAGGAUGCACUUAUACCAGAGAUUCGAAUAAACGAGGCCGAAGAUAAAACAACAAAGAAUAAUUUUCAUUCAGUAAAUGAAAAAAGUGAUACCGACUGA